AUGCCCAAAAAACUCAGAACCCAGUUAAAGCAAGAACUUUCUGAAGAUGCCAUUUGUGAGAAACACCUGGAAACUAUGCAACUAUUUUGUGCUGAUGACCAAGUCACACUUUGUGAGAAAUGCUUCAUUUCCCAGGAGCACAAGCAUCACACAGUGUACACAAUCCAAGAGGCUGCUAAGUAUUACAGGAGGUCAUUCCAGAAGAAAUUGAACAAAGUGGAGGAGAAACUAGAAGUGGUUAAAAACAUAUUGACUGGUGAGAAAGAAAGAAUGAUAAUGAUUCAGGAAGAAGAGCAGAAUUUUGAAGAGAUGAUUGAAUCUGAAAAUAAGAUGGUGUUCCAGUUGACUUUUGAAAUAUAUCAGAUGAACUUCCUGAACCAGCAAAGCAAUCAAACCUUGGGUGAAUCCUGUACAUAUCCCCUAACACUGUUUGACAAAGAAUUAGAGAAGUCCCAGGAGAUACUACAGAAGCUACACAACUGGGCUAAAGAGAACAUGGAUAAACUGGAAAAGAAUGAAGUCAGACUUUCAAAACAGCUCCACAGACUCCAACAGAUCAGAGCAGAGCUAAAGAAGAAGUGUGGGGAGCCCUCUGUAGUGAUGCUCCAGAAUGCAAGACAUUUCUUGGAAAGGGGUGAAUCACUAGUGUAUCAGUCUGUAGACUUCAAGUGUACCACAGACCUGAAUUUCAUCCAAAUAACAGGACUAAGCAAGUUGCUAAAAGAAUUUCAAAGACCAAUAACUUUAGAUCCUAAAACAGCUCAUCACUAUCUGACCUUAUCUAAAGAUCUGAAAAGUGUGAAGCUCCGAAAUGUUCAACAGGAUGGCCCUGAUAAUUCAAGAAGAUUAGACUUCAGUUGCACUGUACUGGGAAUGGAGAGAUUUACCUCGGGGAAGCACUACUGGGAGGUAGACGUGGAGAAAGCAACCAAGUGGCAGUUGGGUUUAUAUGAAGAACCUCCUCAUAGCAGCAGCGAGGAUGACACACACAAAGCUUCAGGAAAGAAAUUCUUGCUCACAAGAUCGAUGUUUGGAAUCAGUUGCACCUUUUGGGUCUUUCCUCCUUUAAAAAAGGUCUCACUGACAGGGCAAAUGAACAAAAUUGGAAUUUUCCUAUAUUAUGAAAGUGGGUAUAUAUCAUUCUAUGAUGCAACUCACGGAUGCUUCAUUUAUGCUUUUUCUAAUCUGACCUUCCAUGGAGCUAUUCGGCCUUUCUUUUCUCUCUGUAUUUCAAAUGGAGACACAGGUUCAGACUCUCUCGGUAUCUGUUUCUCUCAAGAUUCUGCUUGUAAUGUUGCUGUCAACCCUCCAUCAUCCUUGGUGUAA